UAGCGCGCAUGCAGCACGAAGUCCGAAAACCGUCGCGUGGUUCAAAGAAAGACCGUCGGAACUGAAACUGAAACUGAUACAGUUUCCCUUACAAUUAAUGUUACUUUAACUGUCAUGGCGUGUUUCUUACUCGUAUAACUGUUUGUGUCAGUGUGCCAAAGUGUAUAAAAAAUCAAAAAUUAUUCGCGGGUUCUAAUCAAAAUAUCCAAUAGUGCUGGAGCACUGUCUCUGCCUCUGUUUCAAUAGACUGUUUUGCAAAAAGUUAGUUAAUUGUGUUCCAAAUACAAAUACAAAUAUUGCCUAAAGCAACAAAUUGUUGAAAUACCAAAAAACAAAUACAAUUAUAUUGCCUAAAAUAAUAAAAGUUGCAACAAUAAAAUUUAUAAAUAAAGAUAAGGCAAUUAAAUUUUUUGAGUGCAGUUUGGCAUACAAUAUGAUGGACGUUAGCAGCAUGUACGGCAACCAUCCGCAUCAUCAUCCACAUGCCACUGCCACGGCCUAUGAUGGCUAUGGCAGCAACUACUUUCCCUCUUCGACCCACCAUCUUCAGCAGCAGCAGCAACAACAGCAGCAACAGCAACAACAACAGCAGCAGCAGCAGCAACAUCAGCAGCAACAGCAACAGCUGCAGCAGCAUCAACAACAACUGACCUACAAUGGCUACGACAGCAACUCGCCCAACUACUAUCAGCAGCAGCAACAGCUUACACCGCCUCCAGCACAGCACCAGCUGCAACAUCCACUUGCGCAGCAGCAACAGCAACAGCAGCAACAUCAACUUUAUCCCCACUCGCAUCUGUUCAGUCCCAGUGCCGCGGAGUACGGCAUCACCACCUCAUCCAGCGCUGGACCUGCAAGUACCCCCUUGCUUCCCACAAGUCACUCGCCCGCCGACUCCUACUAUGAGAGCGACUCUGUGCACUCGUACUAUGCCACAGCGGCAGUGGCAACGGUGCCGCCACCCGCCAACAAUUCUCCAGUAACAGCAGCCAAUGCCACACAGCAGCAGCAGCAGCAGCAACAACAACAGCAGCAGACAAUGGAUGCACAUGCGCCCAUCAUUAGCUCCGAGAAUGGCAUGAUGUACACCAACCUGGACUGCCUCUAUUCGCCCAGUGUGGCACAGCAGGCGCAGACGCAACCACUUGGUUAUGGCACCCAAAUGGAGGAGAAAUAUGCAGCGGUCCUGCAUGCUGGAUACGCAGCAGCGCCACCAGGCCUGCUGCUGGAGGACCAGGAUCCUAUGAUGCAGUUGUCAGCAGGACAGCAGCAAGCAACGCCACAAAUGUGGCAUCAUCAUCAGCAUAUGGCCGGUGGUUAUCCACUGGAUGCGGGCAUUGCCAUGGACUAUCCACACGCCCAUUUGCAUCACACGCUCAGUCAUAGUCAUCUGGCCAGUUUGACUUCCAGCGUGCAGCAGUCACAGCAACACCAACAGCAACAACAGCAGCAGCAACAGCCAACCAGCAACCAGGUUGUGCCACAGCAUGCGCUAUCACCCAACGGUUCGAGCAAUUGCAUCAGCAUGACCCGUAAUCAACGUGGCAGUGGCGUCACAUCGCCCGGCAGCUCCACCUCAUCCUCAACAGCAUCUGCAUCCGCUGGCAACAACUCCACGCACCAAUCGAGCUCACAAUCAAAAUCGCCAAAUCACGCGCCCAACAUUCCAACCUACAAAUGGAUGCAGCUCAAACGGAAUGUUCCCAAGCCACAAGCACCGAAACUACCUGCCAACAUAAGCAACAUGCACGAUUACCAGCUCAAUGGUCACCUCGACAUGUGCCGCGCCGGCAACGUUGGCGGCACCUCCGCCGUCCUGCCCAUCCAGAAUCCCCUGCUGCUGUCAAGCAAUCCGGCUGCGGGCAGUGCAUCCAACGGCCUGGGCGUAGGCCUGGCCAUUGGCAAUGGUGGUGCUGCUGGUUCAGUCGCAGGUCUCAGCAGCUGCAGCCUGUCCUCCACAAACAACUCGGGCCGCACCAACUUCACCAACAAGCAGCUGACGGAGCUGGAAAAGGAGUUUCACUUCAAUCGCUACUUGACGCGCGCCCGUCGCAUCGAAAUCGCCAAUACGCUGCAGCUUAACGAGACGCAGGUAAAAAUCUGGUUUCAAAACCGUCGCAUGAAGCAGAAGAAACGCGUCAAGGAAGGCCUCAUUCCGGCGGACAUUUUAACACAGCACAGCGCACCCGUGAUAACUGAAAAGCAGCCCCAACAACAACAACAACAACAGCAGCAGCAACAACAACAACAACAACAGGCGGAUUUGAAGACUCCUGACUUGGUCAACACUGAAUUGGGAACAACAACAGCAGCAGCAACAACAACAACAGCAGCUAAACAAAGUUGAACAAUUUUUAUUGUUGUUGUUUUUGUUGGUGCUACUGCGAUUGUUUUUGUUGUUAUUGUUGAUGUUCUUGUUGUGGUUCUUAUUGUUGUUUGUUGUUAUGUAUUAUUAUGGCUGUUGUGUGAAAUUGCCAAAUGUGGAGCGCAUUUUGUUGUGAUAAAUAAAUAGAAAAAAAAAGGCGAAAACUUAACAAAUUAAAAC